AUGAAUUUUCUGAAAAUAGGAGAUACCACGAUAAGCUUAAAAAGGAGCUUUUCAAGUGAGGAAGAAGCCUGGAAUUUUCUGCUGGAUAAUCCCAUCGGGAAUAUUGUGAACUCAGGCUUGGAGGAAGGAGAAACUGAUCGAGGGAUGUUUCAGAAAAACUGUGUUGCUGACUCUGUUCACUCACGAAGGGGGUUAAUUUUUUUUCGAAAUUUAAAAAAAAUCCUAAUUUGCAAAAAUUGGGAAACAAAUAUUUAAUUUAAUUUAUAAAAUUUAUGUUUUAAAAUGCAAUUAAACAGAAUUAGCUCGAGAUUCAUUAUACUAAUUAUCACUUAUAUAUCAAUUUUUUUUUUAUAAAAAAUUUUUCUAUAAAUAAAUUUUUAUUCAUUCACGGGGGUGGAUUUUUGGGCAAAAAAUACGGAUUUUUCCAAUGGUUUUUUUUCACUCAUGGAGGAGGGAGUGAGAUAAUAGAUUGCAAAGAUAUUUCAAGGAGGGAGUGCGAUGAAAAAGGAAAAAUCCGGUGCUUUUUGAUGACUCUCACUGAUGGAAAGUUAAUCUUUAAGGGAAUGGAGUAUCAGCCUUUCGAGGAGAUCAAAGAUAAGCCGAACCCAGGAUCAAAAAUAUUAUUGAUGGGUCCUUUUGAGUUUCGAAGAAAAAUAGCACUUUUGUGCUCACACAAUGUACUUACGCUAAGUAUGACUGAAUAA